AUGUCUAAAGGACCGGCUGUUGGAAUUGAUCUUGGUACUACUUUCUCUUGCGUUGGUGUAUUCCAACAUGGAAAAGUGGAAAUCAUAGCUAAUGACCAGGGCAAUCGCACUACCCCCAGUUAUGUCGCUUUCACCGACACCGAGCGUCUGAUCGGUGAUGCUGCCAAGAACCAGGUGGCUAUGAAUCCUACCAACACUGUUUUCGAUGCCAAACGUCUCAUUGGUCGUCGAUUUGAUGAUAGUAUUGUGCAGGAUGAUAUGAAACAUUGGCCCUUCCAUGUGAUCAACUCCGGUGGCAAACCGAAGAUCGAGGUGGAGUUCAAGGGUGAGAAGAAGUCGUUCUUUGCAGAAGAGAUCUCCUCCAUGGUG